UUUCUGCUCUGAGUAUGAAGCUGUUCCAGCUCUCCUUUAGUGAGGAGCAGCAGGAGUGUGAGGCAGAUGAGCAGAGCUCACAGGUUUCGUUCGGGUCAUUAGUGGAAGAUUUCCUCCGUGUUAAAAUCCCACCUGAAACUCAGUUCUCCAAGACUUUACUGGCCGAACGACUCCAGAAGUAUAAAUACUUUAAGUUGGAGCAGCUGCUGCAGGAACUGGAACCUUCUCCAGCAAACAGACCAACACUGAGUCCUGCCCAAACGAUCCAUGGAGUCCCAGUGCAGGAGCAGGAGUCGAAGCCUAAGCAGCAUCCAUUAGAGCAGAGCCUGAACGAGAUGAAGGACUGUCAGUUUAAAUUCACUGCUGCACAGACGGCUGGACGUCAUGAUGACAGGACAUCAGCAGCUACAGAGCGAAGACGAGACGAUCGAACUGCCAGCGAACACGCGCAUGAACAAACGGAUCUGCAAGGAGAGAUGAGUGAGAACACUGCCAGCAAGAGACGACAGGAAGAGGAGGAACUUCCCUAAUGUGUUUGUGUUCUUGCAUGGAUUAAUAAUGUAAUGUGUUGCAUUCUAUAUUGUUUUAUAUCAUGUUAUUUCCA